AUGUCUGGCAAGAUGACUGCUAAAUCCCAAGUUGCUACUCAAGUCGUUGUUAAAAAACCAGGAUUCGAUGCUUAUUCAAAAUUAGUUAAAGAAGCUGUUGCUGGAAUUCCAGAACUCAAAGGACUUAAAGUUAUUAGUGCUAAGAAAGUUACUAUUAGCAAAGAUAAAAAGGCUACUGUUAUUUUUGUUCCAUUGAGAAUGAUGAGAAUUUGCAGAGCUUCAUUCGAAAAAGUUAUUGAAGCACUUGAAAAGAAACUUAAUGGAUCAGUCUUUAUCAUUGGUAAAAGAGUUGUUGCACACACUAAGAAAACUGGACAAUCAGGAAAAACUGAUUACAAACCAAGAUCAAGAACUUCAAAAGCUGUUCAUGAAGCUUAUUUAAAUGAAAUGUUAUAUCCAGUUGAAGUUGCUGGUCAAAGAGUUCAUGUCACCUUAGCCAACAAGAAAAUUGCUAACUCUAAAACUGUCUUUGUUACUGUUGAUGAUGCUAAAUUAAAGAAUUCAGUUAAAGCUAAGCUUCCAAUUUACUCAGCUGUUUACAAGAACAUUACUGGUGAAAAGGUUAAAUUUGCAUUCCCAGUUGUUGCUUAAGGAAUGUAAUCAUCGAGGUUUUAGAAUACAAUUUUAGGUAUCUUUUUUGAUUUUAUUGUUUUGUUGUAUUAUUUUUUUAAUAAAUAAAGAAAUUCAAUAUAUGUUAAAAAGAGUUAAUGUUUUUAAAAGUUAUAAACUAAUUUAUUAC